AACUGUUCCGUGGUGAGGCGCUAUUGUCGUGAACGUGGCGAGGCACGCGCUGCGUCAGUAUUCCGCGAGCUUCCAUCGCGUUCUGUUGCAGUUAAUCGUUGAAGAAGGGAGGUACCUAUCCUAUUCGAUAGUGAACUGCGGAGAACGAGAAAAAGUGCUAUUCUUCUAAACAAGAAACUCAUAAUUAAAGAAUGGCGGACGACAGUCACGAGAACGGUACAAGCAACGGUGACGUACCUGAGAUCGAGCUGAUUAUCAAGGCCUCGACGAUCGACGGUCGCCGGAAGGGCGCGUGCCUCUUCUGCCAAGAGUACUUCAUGGACUUGUACCUUCUCGCCGAGUUGAAAACGAUUUCGCUGAAAGUGACCACGGUCGACAUGCAGAAACCGCCGCCCGAUUUCCGCACCAACUUUCAGGCAACGCCCCCGCCAAUCUUAAUCGAUAACGGCGACGCGAUAUUGGAAAACGAGAAGAUCGAGCGGCACAUCAUGAAGAACAUUCCCGGUGGGCAUAAUCUGUUCGUGCAGGAUAAAGAAGUGGCUACCCUUGUCGAGAACUUGUUCAGCAAAUUGAAACUGUUGUUGUUGAACGCGAAGGACAAGGACAAAGAUCCGAAAUCCUCGUCCCUGAUGGCUCACUUACGCAAAAUCGACGAGCAUCUGGGCCGUAAGGGCACCCGUUUCCUCACAGGCGACACGAUGUGCUGUUUCGAUUGCGAGCUUAUGCCACGGCUUCAACACAUCAGGGUGGCCGGCAAAUAUUUCGCGGAUUUUGAGAUCCCCGAGACUCUGGUGCAUCUCUGGCGAUAUAUGCACCACAUGUACAGGCUGGACGCGUUUUUGCAGAGUUGUCCGGCUGAUCAGGAUAUUAUUAAUCACUAUAAGUUACAGCAGAGCAUGAAAAUGAAAAAGCACGAAGAACUAGAGACUCCGACGUUCACAACCAGUAUCCCGAUCGAAGUCAACGACGACUAGGCUGGACCUCUGCCGUCGGGUCUACGAUCUCGUUACUUUGACGUAGAAAAGUCCUCGACAUCGGUGUAGAAAAUAAGCAAAUAAGUGUGAGAACAAGUGUGGCACGCAAAAUACAUUUUUUUUUUUUUUUUUUACAAAAGUUCCAGUUCUUCCAUUCAAGGAAUGAAUUCUGCGGGAAGAGUUCAUUAUUUGUCAGAAGUACUCUUAAAAAAAAAAAGAAAAGAAAAGGUUCUAUCUAUCUGGAUUUGAUCCGUGCCGAUUCGGCUACACCGAUUCAAUAUAAAUUUUUGCUACGUAUAUAUAUAUAUUUGACAAAUUAUCGUCGACUCUUUUAUGGCCUAAACUGAUGCAGAACGAGUAGCUUUUUUACCGCAGAAAAAACAGAGUAGAGGAUUACAUAUACGAGUGUAUUAAGGCUUUCGAGAAACGAAAUGUGUAAGCGUAAUCCAGAAAAUUUAAACAAUUUUUUUCCUUUCCUUUCUUUCCAUUUUUCUUUUUUUUUUUCUCUGCUACGUAUGCAUCUCAUACGUAAUAUUUCAUAUGAAUAGCGUUAUUUUUAGAAAAAGUAUUUUAAUGUUUUACAUAUACUUUAGAUCGAAGCUAACGUAUCUUUUUUUUUUUUUUUUUUUUUUUCCUUUUUAAAGAUAACGUAUUUCAAUGUUUUUGAUGGCGAGUUUAAUGUUAACACGAGUAGAAAAUACGAGAGAGACGUAUGCAUUUGAAUUGGAUGAUCGAUAUUUGUUCAAAUUAAUAUAUAUUUCGUAUAUAUAUUUCUUUCUAUCAUUUUUCUCUUGUUUUCUGGAAACUACGUUGUAUUUAUCAUAACGAUCUAACGACUAAUCAAUAAACUGAGUUAAUGAUGGUUUAUUCUUUAACUGACAUUGUUUACAUUAUAUUGUAUUCAGUAUAUCAACCUCAAUUUGAAUAUAAGAAAAGUUCUAGUCUCGUGUAAUUCACGUAAUGAUAAACUUCCUAUUCUUUUGUGUAUUCAAAAUAUUUUUUAUAUAAUCAUAUUUGAAUAAAUUAUAGUGCAUACGUUUCUUCCAAUUUCUACAGUCGCUACAGUCAGUCAGAAAAAUCCAAAAAUACAAAGAAUUUGUGAUAUGAUCAUUGCAAAUUUCUUUGCAGAUAUUAAUCUCUAGUAA